AUGCCUGUCGACAGCUCCAGACGGACGUCGCGCAAGCACUCUUCUCACGACGAUGAUAUUGACGCCAGACGCGCCCGGGGAGAAAUAUCCUGCGCUGAAUGUAGAAGACUGAAGCUCAAAUGCGACAAGAAGCUGCCAUGUAGCUCAUGCAUUCGUCGAGGCUGUCCAUCCAUCUGCCCCAAUGGGAGUCUAUCCACGGGCCAGGGAACCAGAUUCGUUCUUGCAGAUACAACCCAACUGCACAACAAAAUCUCAGAAAUGGGCCAACGCAUACGACAACUUGAAGACGCUCUGGCCAUAUUUCAAGCCGGUGUUUCCAGCGAGUGUCAUAUACUGUUGCGAGACGAUCUUCUGGCGAUCAAGUUUGGUCCGGAGAAUGGCAAAGCACCAGAGAAGCGCUCUUCCGAUCUAUCCGUCGAUGCUAUCGAUGCUUUGGGUACCCUGACAAUAGGCGAUCAUGGCGAAGCUAAGUACUUCGGUCGUUCAGCUGGCUCGGAGACUCUAUUCUUGGCUGGUGCUGAUAUGGAGAUGACUUGUGCUGAAGACGACUAUCCGCCCAUUCCUUUGGAAGUUGCCCGUCUUUCAAAUUCUUUUCCGUUCACUACUGAUGGCGGUGUGAAUUGGGAAAAAGCUCUGGAUAGUCUUAUUGAUCAUCUGCCAGAAAGGCCACGGGCUUGGGCCUUGUGUGAAACAUACCUCGAGCAUGCUGCUUGGUCGUUUCGACCCGUACAACGUGACGAAAUAGUUGACGACAUACUAACACCGAUAUACCGGUGUGCCAGGGAACGUAAAAAUGGCGCUGUUUCAGCUGCUCAAACAAUAUCAUCACAUAAGCUUGCUGUUCUUUUCAUAUUUUUCGCCAUUGGGUCCCUGGUUGACUUGACACUGGAGCCGUAUAAUUAUGAAUCCGAGCAUUAUUAUCAUCUGAGCCGUGCUGCACUAUCUUUACGCUCACUCUUUGAUUCCCCAGAGAUAGCCACAGUACAAGCUAUUGUCCUCAUAGCAUCUUAUCACGGUAUGGGAGGCAAGCGAUAUACUAUGGACAGCACGUGGAAUAUUAUGUCUCUUGGCGCCAAAUUGGCUCAAAUGAAGAUUACAGAUCGGGACAGUGCCAGAUGGAAAAUGGACGCCAAGACGGUGCAACGUCGCAGGUCUCUAUUCUAUGAAAUCUUUUGCGCAGAUCUAUUCAAUAGCAUUGCCCUCGGACGACCUCCCUCCAUUCGUUUAUCUUAUGUUGACUGUGAAUACCCGACAGAUGAUGAGGCAUCCUUGAAUGAAAAUGGGGAACCCAAGAUUGGAUAUUAUCAGUGGAAAUAUGAAUUCUGCAAGGAAAUAUUCUCGGAUAUCCUUGAAUUAACGCUUACGGCGGAGGCGCCAAACUACCAAACUAUCCUUGAUUUAGAUCGCAAAGUCCGAGAGAAGGUUUUACCACCACAUCUUAACGUGUUUGUGAAUCCAGAGGAUGAAAACUGUUCUCCUUCUGCAUUCAUGCAUGGUUGUUUGUUGGGACAAUACCGCACUGUCACUCUUCUGUACAUUCACCGCAGCUUUUUUGCUCAGGCAAUGCUUGAUCACCCCAUCAACCCUCUUCGGAGUCCUUAUGCGCCCUCGUUCCUAGCUGCGUAUCGAUGUGCCUCUGGUGUAAUCAAGUCCAGUCUGAACUAUUAUGACCGCUUCCCGGAAUUGUGCUGUAGGUGGUGGGGUGUCUGGACCCAUCUGUUUUCGGCAGCGAUUAUAGUGGGCUCCAUAGUAACACGUUCCCCGUCUUCUAGCAUGGCAGCAAACGCCUUCAUUGAAUUAGGACUUGCCUGUGAUCUAUUCGAGAAGGGAUCUCACCAUUCUCGUCGUGCAAGAAGCGGUAUUGGUAUCCUGUACGCACUCAAGAACAAGGCCUUCCAGAUAUACUCCCAGUUCCGUUCUGGAAAUCCUCCACCGCCUAGUGCUCCAGUAGGCUCAGAUUACGGAGACGACGAGUUAGCCUUGUUCGGUGGGCAAACGCGAAUACUCUUUAGCAAAAUUAUGUCUUCGAGAGGAGUGAACAGGAAGACGCCUUCAUCUUCGCCUGUCAUAAACUCUCCAAACCCUCCGUCUCACAAUGCUAUGUCCGUUUCUCGCGAAGUUCAUCAGAAGGACAGUCAAGCGCCAAGCCCAUCUAAUAGCAUUCCAGAUGUGCAUCCAUCUUUGGUCGAGUAUCUGUCCUUACUACCUCCUUCGCAGCAUCCACGUUCGUCUCCACCGCAUAGGCCCCUCGUGCCGCCUACUUCUGAAGAACAAGCACACUCACAAGCAAUCUCUUCUACUGCUGCUCCGUCUGUGUUCACACAGUCACCUACUAUCUUGAAUAACCAUUCAGAACAGUCGUCGCCGUCGUCCAUCUAUCCAUUAUAUAGUGUUAUGCCAGAGUUAAACGGAUCGGCGCCGUCGUCAUUUUACCAUGAUCUCGAUUCCUCAUUUUUGCCCUCAAACCUGUAUUCUGUGAAUGGUACCGCCGAUACUCUGAUAGACGACGCUACUACGGUGAAGCUGGUGGAUCUUGGGAUGAUGAUGUCGGGAGAUUCGGGGAUAGAUGAGCAGUGGAAGUCUUUCAUGCGGGAUUCAGGAUUGCUGGAACACGACGCAAGCGGGGACAUGUAA